AUGGUUUCAAAGCUUGCUGAGCUCAUCCCCAUUGAUCCAUCACGUAUAACCACCAGCAGACGCAAUCAACCUGACCCUAAUGCACCAGAUCAGAUAUUGUUUCCAGUCACUUUCAAGGCAACUGAGGAUCUAUCACUGAGAACAGUACAGCAGUUUAUUGAUGAUCUUGAUGAUUUGAUUAGCCAUAAAGCUUAUAAUUCGUUCUCACAAGAAUAUCCUACUAGUUAUCUCGAUGAAACUUAUGGGUUUUCACCUGCUGCCAAUUUGUGGCAAACGUAUAAGUUUAAACUAAUUGGACUGUUAGUUGGUCUUUUGAUAUUAUCAAUAAUAUACUUUAUUGCAAGGCGGAAGUAUCCAGAGGGUCAUAAUUUUGUUGUUGUCAAGCUUGCACUAAUACUUGCAGAUCUGAGUCUUGAUAUGGCAUUUGUACUCUCAAGUGCAAGGAACGUCCCACAAAUACAUAUGCCAAGUAUAGUUUUCUUAAUAGUUCCUAUUGCUUUCAAUUCUGCCCUGGCAUUCUCAGUCUUAAUGACAGAACUAAGUAAAAAUGCUAAAUUUCAAGAAUGGUUUG